AUGAAGGACCUUGGUCCUCUUCAUUUCUUCUUAGGCAUUGAAGUCAAGCAGUUCUCAGGAGGAAUUCACUUGAGUCAAAGCAAGUAUGCUGCUGAACCUCUGCAUAAGACUGACAUGGCCCUGGCCAAAGCAGUGCAUACACCCCUGGCUCAGAAGCAUGGACUACAAGAAGCAACAAGCAGUCCUGUUGAUGUCUCUUUGUAUAGAAGCAUUGUUGGGAGUCUUCAGUAUUUAACACUCACCAGGCCUGAUAUCACUCAUGCAGUCAACUUGGCUAGUCAGUUUAUGCAGAGUCCAAAUAGUGAGCAUCUUCUAGGUGUCAAAAUAAUCCUCAGAUUUGUCAAAGGAACUCUAAAGCAUGGUCUCAGGAUUAUCUCACAGUCUUCUUGCAGGUUAUAUGGUUAUUUAGAUGCAGAUUGGGGAGGUUGUCCAACUACUAGGAGAUCAAAUACAGGUUACAGCAUCUAUCUUGGAGCAAACUACAUUUCUUGGGCAUCCAAGAAGCAAUCUACAGUAGCAAGAUCGAGUGCUGAAGCUGAAUAUCGAGCAUUAGCAUCCACUGCAACUGAGAUGACAUGGAUCACCUACAUUCUUCAUGAUAUUGGCGUGUACAUCCAAAGGGUUCCUAUAUUGUACUGUGAUAACUUAAGUGCUCUAUAUAUGACUGUUAAUCCUGUGAUGCAUGCCAGGACUAAACAUGUUGAAAUGGACUACUACUUUGUUAGGGAAAAGGUAGCUAGAGGACAGUUGCUAACACAGUUUGUGAGAUCAAGGGAUCAGCUAGCUGAUAUACACACUAAGGCCUUGACAAAGCAAGUGUUUACUGGUUUCCGAGGCAAGCUAGGAGUGGCAAUUCCUCCACCCACUAGCUUGAGGGGAAGUGUUGAAGAGAAGAAUCCUGAUAUACAGGAUAUACAUCCUGAUAUACAGGAUACACCAGAUAUACACGAUAUACAUUAG